AUGCCGUGCAACACGCAGGCCUCGGCCUCAUGCGAAGGCUGCUCCUGCGAUGCCGGUGCGAAUCGCGCGCCGGUGAACAUCGAAGACUGCGAGGCCGAACUGCUUGCGCUCCGGAGGCGCACGCUUGAGCUGGAGAAGUCGUUGGCGUCCAUGACGACUGGCGCCGCGAAGGUGUCCAGAGCUGGCCGGAAGCUGCGGUCCUCCAGAUGGUUCAAUUGCGAGAGCGACCCCGGCAUGAUGGCGCUCUAUAUCGAGCGGUAUCUGAACUACGGGAUGACCAAGGAGGAGCUCAUGUCGGGGAAGCCGAUUAUCGGGAUCGCGCAGUCCGGCUCGGAUUUGGCGCCGUGUAAUCGCCAUCAUCUCGAGCUGGUGAAGCGGGUACGCGAAGGCAUCAGCACAGCUGGCGGGAUUCCCUUUGAGUUUCCUACGCAUCCGAUACAGGAGAGCUCCAGGCGGCCGACUGCGGCUAUCGAUCGGAAUCUGUCGUACCUUGGCUUGGUUGAGAUUCUCCAUGGGUAUUUCCUGGAUGGGGUCGUGCUGCUCACUGGCUGCGAUAAGACGACGCCGGCUGCUCUAAUGGCUGCUGCUACGGUUAACAUUCCCGCGAUAUGUCUCAAUGUCGGCCCCAUGCUCAAUGGUUAUAUGAAGAACGAGCUCGCCGGCUCAGGUAUGGUGGUAUGGAAAGGCAGGGAGAAGUAUGCCGCCGGCGAGAUAAGUAGAGAGGAGUUCAUCGAUUACGUGUCCCGAGGAGCACCAUCCGUAGGACAUUGCAACACAAUGGGAACCGCCUCGACCAUGAACGCACUUGCCGAGGCCCUGGGGAUGGCGUUGCCGGGGUCAGCGGCCAUUCCUGCCCCGUACCGCGAACGAGGACAAUGCGCCUAUGACACAGGCUUGCAGAUCGUUGAGAUGGUGCAUGCCGAUCGAAAACCUAGCGAUAUCAUGACUCGCGAGGCCUUUGAAAAUGCCAUCGUCGUGAACACCGCCAUCGGUGGCAGCACCAACGCUCCAAUCCAUAUUGGCGCCAUCGCAAAGCAUAUUGGGGUGGACCUUUCGCUAGAUGACUGGGAUCGCCUGGGUUUCCACAUCCCUCUUUUGGUGAACAUGCAGCCAGCUGGAGAGCUACUGGGCGAGGAAUACUACCGCGCCGGCGGCUUGCCAGCCGUCAUGGCCGAGCUGCUGGACGCGGGCAAACUACACGCCGAAAUUCUAACGUGUAAUGGCCGCACCGUAAAGGAAAACGUUCAAGGAAAGCACACGUGGGACCGCCGCAUGAUCAGAGCCUACAACGACCCGCUCAUGAAAGACGCCGGCUUCUUACACCUCCAGGGCACCCUGUUCAACUCCGCCAUCAUGAAAACAUGCGUGAUAUCAACAGAGUUCAGGCAGAAAUUCCUCGAAAACCCGGACGAUCCGAACGCGUUCGAAGGCGCGGUGAUCGUCUUCGACGGGCCGGAGGAUUAUCACCAUCGCCUUGAAGAUCCCAAUACGCCUAUCGACGAUAGGACUAUCCUCAUCAUGCGCGGUGCGGGACCCCUGGGGUAUCCGGGCGCGGCAGAAGUCGUCAAUAUGCAUCCUCCCGGACGCCUUCUACGGCAAGGUGUCCACUCGCUUCCUUGUAUCGGCGAUGGUCGACAGUCUGGCACGUCCGGCUCGCCGUCGAUCCUGAAUGCCUCUCCUGAAGCGGCGGCUGGUGGCAAUCUGGCUCUUCUUCGAGACGGGGACAGACUCCGUGUUGACCUUAACAAACGGCGCGUCGACAUCCUUGUACCCGCGGAGGAACUGGAGAAACGGAAGAAGGAGCUGGAGGCCAAUGGCGGGUACGCUGUCCCUGAGAGCCAGACUCCCUGGCAGGAUCUGUUCAGGAGGGAAGCGACGCAACUGAGCGAGGGGAUGGUCCUCCGCGAGGCAGUCAAGUAUCAACGACUAGCCCAGCGAUUCGAGGAGCCCAGACACAAUCACUGA